CCGUCUUUGAGGCUCUUUGUGUGGUUUGCCCCCCGAUUGCGUGACCUGUUAGUGCCCCCUUGUGGCAAACAAUCGCGAAUCGUGGUUGCCAUGGUGAUGUUAUUUGACAGUUACCUUUGUUGAUUUAUUGACAGAUGAAUUAAUUUUUUUCCCUGUUGUGUUUUUUUUACACGUUCCAGAGUGUUGAUUCGAGUGCAUGUUUGUGGUAAUUGGAGAGGUUUUCGCAAAGCGUGUUUUGCAUUAUUUGUGCUCUGCUGAUUAGAAGUAGUGCUGGUAGUUUUCCUCAGUGAGUUUGCUUGGUAAUCGGUAAAAUGUCGGCCACCGCUCAAACCAACGGCAAGAAGAGCUCGAACAGUUCCAUUGUGAACACCCCAGCCAGCACUCCGGUGACUAACGGCAAUUCGCAAACGAUCUCCCAGAGCACCCCUCCGCCCCCGAACAACAACGCCCCCAAGUACGGCACCCUGGUCCCCAACCGAAUCUUCGUCGGCGGCAUCUCCGCCAACACCACCGAAGGCGAGCUCUUGCAGCUCUUCAGCAGUUACGGGACCGUCAAAGCGGCCAAAAUCAUCCAAGACAGGGCAGGCGUCUCCAAAGGCUACGGGUUCAUAACGUUCGAAAGCGAAGACGAUGCCAAACGCCCCCUCAAAGACGCCGACAACAUCGUCCUCAAGGAAAGAAAACUGAACAUUGCGCCAGCAAUCAAGAAACAACCGUUUAAUCGGGCCUUUGACGCCGCCAGUCCCUCGACUGUCGCGCCAGGGAACACGGCACAGUACUUUUUCCCGCCGAGCCCCGGAGUGCCCUACUUUCAAGGGGGCGUCACUUACUACCAACAGCCACCGGCAGCCCCCGGCGAUCCCAACUCACAAACGACCGUCUAUCAGGCUCCUCCUGUAUAUCCGGCCCAAACCGGACAACCACAAGCCCCAACUUACCCACCGAUGAUGUUCCCUCAUCACAUCUAUAUGCCACAACAGUACGCCAUGCCACCGAUGCCGUACGACUACAACUACUACCCUAACAACGGAGGAGGAGCCCAGUACAUGGUCGGCGGUCAGAAUGGGGGCCCAGGAGGCGGCGGAUCCGGCGGAAAUUCUCAGGGCGGCCCCCCAAUGCCCCCCCCGAACAGCCCCCCUCGACCGCCUUGCUACAACGCCCAAUUGCCCCCGUACACACCGGACCCAGUAUACUACAACAUGCCAGUAUACGGCGGUCCGGUCGAGGGGGCCCCCCUCUAUCCAGAAGGUCUGGACAUGUCCAACGGCGUCGGUUAUCCUGAGGGCCCCUAUCCUAUGGCCGACCCCACCCAAGACAUAAACGACUCCGCCCCACCCCCACUACCACCACCAAUCGCCACACCUCUCACCGCCGACCACGCCCCACUAUACGAACACGAAACGAACGACGCCGACAACAGCCGACAAAGCAAAACGCCGGUCGUGUCGCUGCUGUCGAUGGAACAACACCAAGAGAAAGACUUCGUUUCGAUGCAAGGCGGACGCCGCGUCAAACCCCAACCACCCCCACCACCACCGCCACAACAACAACCAAUGAUUAUACCGCAUUUCGCCCAAAAUCAAGCCCCGCCCCCCAUCUACUACAACUUCAACGGACCGCCCGUACGAUCUCAUCAAAUCCCGCCUUACAACAACAACAACAUUAAAACGACGAACGGUUAUCGCAAACCGCGCACUUUUAACUCCGCCUCCGCGAAUCGAGCCAAUGACAAUUCGUCGAGAUCAAGUCUCCGGACUGAUUCGAAUUCGUCGGCGAACGCCGCCGUCGACGAAAACAAAAACGAAGAUAAACAAUCGCCAAACAGUUUUCAUUUGUAUAACGGUUCGAGAACGUAUCAGAAUUCGCUAGGACGACGCAUCAACAACAACAAGAAGGACACCGCCUUGGACAACAACAACAAAACUAAAAGUAAUUUCGUUGUUCAAUCGCAGCAACAGCUGAGGAACAACGGCCAGCAGAGCUACGUGCUGACGUCGGCGUCGGCAGCGUCGGUCGUCAGGCGGAACAAAAGAUCGACGCGUCGCAACGUCGGCCAAUCGGGAGGUUCGCUGAGCGAAAUCGGCGCCGGUGACGCCCCCCUAGCCAACAACGAUGUUACAGAUACCUGUAAAAAAAUGGAAACACUGAAAAUGUGAUUAAAACGAGGUUUGUUGUUGACACUUAAGAAAGGGAUAAUUUAUUUAUUAAAAAAGAAAUGUUUGCUUGUAUAUAAAAAACACAAAAAAAUAAUAAUAAAAAUGCAAUAUUAUUUAAAUAAUCGACAAUAUUAUUGUUAUUAAUACAAAAGUGAGAUGAAGCCCGUUUAGCAUUGGACUUUACUAUUAUGAUUCCUAGCUUAGGUUCUUUUGUAGAUAAAGAAGAGAGAAAAAACUAAGUCCUACACAUAUUUUUAACAAGUAAUUGUUAUUUAAUGUCUAAGGAUGUGUAUAAAUUAGUUUAGUUUCGAUUAUUUUUUUCUAAACUCGAUGACUCUUAUUCGCAACAAUCGUAUUUUAGUCGAGGGGAACUGUGUCCUAUCUUGAAUUUGAGGUGUUGUUUGCUCGAUGCCUUAUUUCCUCUCAACUUGUACGUUCUAUAGGUUAGUUUUUGAUAUUGUUUUUCCCCUUUGAAAACAGUCUUUACAAUUGACUUUAAAAUCAAAGUGAGAUUUUUGCUCAAAAAGGCUGCCAUCGGUUUUUAGUCCAAUUCGAGUGAAUCUAUCGGCUCUCUAAAUCACACAACACGCACUUUUGUUGUAAUUCCCUCCCAUUUUGUUUUGUUGUUUGUCGGAAUAUUUCAAUUUUAGGCUGUGACGUUAAAUUGUUAUAAAUUUGUAGUGAUUUCAUCGAAAUUCAAAAUUUUUUACGGGACAGAUUGUUACAAAUCAAACUAUUAUUAUUACACAAAAUGUUUCAAAAGAGCCUAAAAUUUAUUAUGAAUGAUUUUUUUCCAAAGAAGUAUUUUAGGAUUAGUCGUAAGGAUUGUAGCAAUGUAAGAUAGUAAUUUAUUAAGUAGUGUAGAUAUUUAGGUGUCAUAGUUCAUAAAUCGAGAAUUUUUUGGCCAAAACUAAUUACACUAUUUAGUUAAUUGUGCUUACCGUUGCGGGUAAGCAACCGAGUCUUGUUGAAAGUAUAUUAACAAAGUACCUGUAUUAUUAAAUCUACGCUAAAAUGAAACAAACAAAACAUUUGUAAAUACCUAUUUAGUUGAUAUACUUGUUGAUGUUUGGAAAUUUUAUCGAAGAAAGCGUUUUCGUUGCGUUAUUGGCCAACGUAGCUUUUAAUUUAUAAGUAGGUUUAGGGAAGAUCACCCAUGCCCCGCCCCUCACAAAAACAAGAGCAAUAUGUAAACUCUGUCAAUUUUAGUUUGUAUAUAUAAUAAUCAAAAAACUUGUCAAAAAAAAGAAAUGCUCUAAAAACGGUUGUGCAUAAAAUUCGUAGUCGUAAAGUAUUUAGCUGUAGUUUAAAUACACGAUUGAUCGGCUCCCAAAACGCCGAAUACAAAAAUACAAACUGAAAUGUGAGCUAUGAUAAGCCAAAUUUUUGUGAUAGCGGCGAAAGAUGUGUUUUUAAAAUUCAAAUUUUCCCGCCUGGGGAAAAUUCGAAUUUUAAAACACAAAUUUCCGACUUAAAAUGUGUGUUCAACAACUUGAAAUCUUGUAGGCAUAUUAUUAGACUUGCUUCGGGAGGCUCUGCGGCCUCGUCUCAAUAGCUGUAACAAACAACAAAAACGGAAAAAUAGCGUUAUGGAACUAUGAAUGUAAAAUAAAACGCAAUAUUUUAGAAAUUAUAUAACUUAAGAAAACAGUGAGAAAUAUUUAUUAAUUACAAUAACAAUUAUAAUUAAUUAACUAUUAAAUAAGCAUGUACAAAGUAUCUCAGAUAAUAAAUUUAAAUUUAAGAAA